UAGCGGAGCAUCUUCCAGGCCUGUGAUGAGUCCUCCGGCUGACGGGGACUAAGUUGGGCGGUAGCACGGAGCCCGGAGCCCGGAGAUGGUGGUCGGGCCAGCGGCUCCGCAUCGAGAGUCCGGCCACUGCCGCUAACUGACCGCAUGUGAUGGGGCAGGUGCUGGGUUUCGGCCACUGCAAAGAAUCUGCCUCGACUGUCUCCACUACUCCAGAUUCCACGCCUUCCUCCACUGAAGGUGCCAGUGAGGACUUCUUGGAACCCCAGACGGCACAAGACCUGUCAGAUGAUGACGUCUCAACGGACACUUCCCUGCACUGGGGCACCCCUCGCCAGAUGUCCCUGGACUCGGCCUUGUCAUGCAGAGCAUCCCUCAUUCAGGCUGGUUGCUUCCCAUCCAGCAGCCUGUCCGACCUCACUGAGAGGGGGUUUGGAGAUGGAAGAAGUGGCUGUACGUUCUUGGCAGCUGAUACACCCCACACGACUAAUAAGCAGCAUUCUGCGUCCAGGGGCAUAGUCCGAACUGAGACAAUCGAGGCUUUUCUGGUGGAAGACAAGGAUGACAUGGAGAAAGAUCACAUCGAUCUGUCUGGAGUUUUGGAGCAGAAAGAGAGGGAAAGUGUACCUGAACUGAAGGCCGGUGCAGAAAGAACCAAACCCAAACCAAGGGAUGCAGAGAACUGGGACCCAUUGCUCUGCAGCCCCGUUCCAUCUGCCUCAGGAGCUUUUCUGCUCAGCCAAGACCACAAGGAGACUGAGGUUCCAAGACUGGGCCUUGAUGAGACUGUGACACAGACCCCAGUCAAUCCAAUAGGGGCCUCCAAUGACCAGAAGGAUCUUGAGAGGCCUGAUAUGGAGACUGAGAUGGAAGGAGGGUUGAACCUGGAAAGCACCAUCUCCAACAAGGAGAAGGUGAAGUUUACAGAAGUCCUUGAGGUGAUGUCACUGGCUGCCGAGCUCCAACUGCUGAGGGAGAUGGAAGAAGAGCAGCUGUCUUCAGAUCCCUCACUGCCAUCUGUCUCAGAGGGAGAGGAGGUUCCCAUGCCAGACCAUGGAGAACCAGGUGUGCUGCAGACAGUGGGUUUGGUUGAUACUUUAAUGCCCACCGGAGGGACAGGCAUUGUGGACAACGCAAAGCCAGGAGCAAGUGACAUCAACACCAACAGCAGUGAUACCAUUGUAUGGCAGUCCCCAGUCAUCCAGGUCUCAGUUGGGCAAGGAGCUCAGGAAGUGAUGGAUGAUGAAGCCCAGUUGGACAACAGGCAACUCAGUGCCUUGGACCAAACAGACCUUUGCAAAGCUAAGGUCUUCAAGGAUGCAGACCAAUUAGAGGCAGAGGGAGUGGAGGUUCCAAUGCCAGACCAUGGAGAACCAGGUGUGCUGCAGACAGUGGGUUUGGUUGAUACUUUAAUGCCCACCGGAGGGGCGGGAAUUGUGGACAACGCAAAGCCAGGAGUAAGUGACAUCAACACCAACAGCAGUGAUACCAUUGUAUGGCAGUCCCCAGUCAUCCAGGUCUCAGUUGGGCAAGGAGCUCAGGAAGUGAUGGAUGAUGAAGCCCAGUUGGACAACAGGCAACUCAGUGCCUUGGACCAAACAGUCCUUUGCAAAGCUAAGGUCUUCAAGGAUGCAGACCAAUUAGUAAUUGAUCUUCUGUACUGGGAGGACGUGAAGAAGACAGGCACCCUAUUCGGUGCCAUUAUCCUCACACUCUUCUCCCUCACCCAGUUCAGCAGCAUCAGUGUGCUGGCAUACCUGGCCCUCUCCGUGCUCUCCGUCACCAUCUGUCUGCGACUCUACACAUCUGUCUUACACCUAAUCUACAAAACACAGGAGAUCCAUCCAUUCCAGAGUUACCUUGAUUUGGACAUCAGCUUCACCCAGGAGCAGUUACGGAAAUCUUCAGAAACAUUGGUGUCUUACCUGACCAGCACUGUCAACCACCUCCGCCGGCUCAUCCUUGUUGAAGACCUGCUGGAUUCUCUGAAGGUGAGCGUGUGGGUAUUUGAGCAGUUCGGAGUCCUACUCUGGUUGCUGACGUACAUUGGGGCACUAUUCAAUGGACUCACUCUCACCAUUCUGGUCGUAGUUGGUGCCUUCAUCGUUCCCCUGGUUUACAGGAAGCAUAAGGUGCAGAUUAACCAAUACCUGGGGCUCCUGAGAGGACAAAUCAAGGAUGUAACAGCAAAAAUCCAGUCCAAGCUUCCAGGAUCAAAACCCAAAGCGGAAUAAUGGUGGAAAAGCAGGAACUGUGGCUGGAACCCAGGUGACAUUUGGAUGAGGACAGCCUUUGAAAGGUAUCAUAAUUUCUACAUUUUCUCCUGAUUUUGCUGAUAUGGAAUUUCUGAGUGCAACACCAAGAUCAAUCUCUGGCUCCUCUGCAGAAUAUAAAGAUAUAAAUAAAGAUCUGAAAAUAUUUACA